ACAGAAGACGGACAAAAGUUAGUUAAUAAAUGGCCUUUUAUCAUUGACCUCAAUCUUAACAUUUUACAAAUCUAGAGAUUCAGGUGUGUUUAUACUUCAGCGUACAAAUAAUUCGGGUUUCUUAUUUGGUGUAUUUGGACUGAAUAUUCAACAGACAAGAAUAGAGAAACUAUGUACAGCUUAUCAAUAAGACCAGCCACGCCCUCUGACAAGGAUGAAGUCCUUGGUAUCCACUGUAAUGUGUAUGAUGGGCGGGACUAUCUGGAAGCAUACUAUGACGAUUUCAUCACGUGUCCUUUAUCAACGCCCUAUGUGGCUAUCCUUGACAAUAAAAUUGUUGGUUUUAUAGCGACGCUAGUCAUUGAUGACGGGGAAACUGUGAUUACUAGAGCAGCAAGGAUAAAUCCUAGCAUGAGUGGGCGUGGUUUGUACAAGACGUUAAAAGCGUAUGCGCUGAAGUCCUCAAAUGUAAAACGACAUGCAUUUACAAAAGUUGACGCAAAUCCAGAGACUUCUAGAGAGUCGUUUAUAUCAAAGAACCAACUAAUAACUUCAAGGCCAUUUGUACGGUUUGUGUUUGAUGCACGUGACUUGCGGUCUUUGGAAUCAGAAACAGAAGAGAUUAUUGUCCCAACCAAUGAAGAGUUAACAGCAUUCUUAUCAAAUGACGUCAUCAGAUCAUACUUGUGUCGUAAAGACAGGAUCGUAGUGGACUGGGUUCCUUAUCGCCCUAUUCCAGCAAACGUGCCAUUGUUCCGAUGGGCACCAAACCGGAUGAAAAUAUUUUCUGAUGUUUCCUUGAGUAAAGAACAAACGGUAAAAGGACUUUUAACAAUAUGUACAACCUUUGCCACAAAGGACCCACCUUUUGCCAGUAAUCUGGAUAUAUUUGGAACAGACGUUUCUUCACUGCGAAGUCACGUGGUGUAUCAUCUACGUCAUAUCCGGAAGGAAACGGAAGGUGCUGUAAGUCUGCUUGUGUUGGCAGAAGACGAUUUUGAUAUGGGAGAAUUGGACAAAGUAUUUCAGUCGGUUGGAUUGAAGAGAAAUGACUGGUUUGAUUCUUCAUAUCCCGAAAGAAAAUAUUCUAUACAAUAUUUGUAUGAAAACCAUUUAGUUUAAAACAGAAACACGCUGCUCGUCAACUUUUUCAGAUGUCAUUGAGGACCAUAUCCAGACAUAUAUUCAGUUUUUCUGCGACAAAGUUUAAUUUUAUAAAAAAAAAAUGUAACGAUUGUUUUUGUUUCGUUUUUUCCUUUUGUAAUAGCAUUGUUAAACGCAUUUUACAGGAAUAAAGUGCAACUUACGCAUACUCAUUGAUUUUGACGAAGUUAACCUUCCUUUCUGAUUUAUAUUAGACAAUAAUGUUUAUAUUAACAAAUGCACAUCAUCUAUUCAUAUUGUUAAUGCAUACCGAUGUACUCUAUCUGAAUCUUUUCUUAACUGGGCGAAGCAUUAUUUUAUGUAUGUAACUAUAUAGGAUAUAUAUUGGAACUUUUCAAUUUUCGUUCGUAUGAACAUUUGUACAAUGUUCACAAUCUGAUUAAAGUUCAGAUCUUCUUAUUUCAUUUAUGUAGAUCUGAUAACCACCGCA